GGUACUCCUCAGCAGUGCAGAAGUUCUCCCAGACUCUGCAGUCCUUCCAGUUUGACUUCAUUGGUGACACACUAACGGAUGAUGAGAUCAAUAUUGCCGAGUCCUUCAAAGAGUUUGCAGAGCUGCUGCACGAGGUGGAGCUGGAGAGGUCCAUGAUGGUGCAGAAUGCGAGUGAUUUGCUUAUCAAACCUUUGGAGAACUUUCGGAAGGAGCAGAUUGGGUUCACCAAGGAAAGAAAGAAGAAGUUUGAGAAGGAUGGGGAGAAGUUUUACUCCAUGCUGGAUCGCCACUUGCACUUGUCUUCCAAAAAGAAGGAGUCCCAGUUACAGGAGGCUGACCUUCAGGUGGACAAAGAGAGACACAACUUCUUCGAGUCCUCCCUCGAGUAUGUGUACCAGAUCCAGGAAGUACAAGAAAGCAAGAAAUUCAGUAUUGUGGAGCCGGUCCUGGCGUUCCUCCACAGCCUCUUCACCUACAACAACCUGACAGUGGAGCUGACGCAGGAUUUCCUCCCGUACAAGCAGCAGCUCCAGCUCAGCCUGCAGAACACAAGGAAUCACUUUUCCAGCACACGGGAGGAGCUGGAAGACCUGAAGAAGAGGAUGAAGGAAGCACCUCUAACCUGCAAGCUCCCUGGGCAGCCAACCAUCGAGGGCUACCUGUACACCCAGGAGAAAUGGGCUCUGGGCAUCUCCUGGGUGAAGUAUUACUGCCAGUAUGAAAAAGAGGCCAAAACCUUACGAAUGACGCCCACAGACCAGAAACCUGGAGCCAAGCAAGGCACCUUGGACUUGACCCUGAAAUCCUGUGUAAGAAGAAAGACUGACUCCAUAGACAAGAGGUUUUGUUUUGACAUUGAAACAAAUGAAAGGUCCGGGACUAUCACGCUGCAGGCGCUGUCGGAGGCCAACCGGAGGCUGUGGAUGGAGGCCAUGGACGGGAAGGAGCCGAUCUACCACAGUCCCAUCACGAAGCAGGAAGAAAUGGAGCUGAACGAGGUUGGCUUCAAGUUCGUGCGGAAGUGCAUCAACGCGGUGGAGACGAAAGGAAUCACUACGGAGGGUGUGUACCGGACCGUGGGCAGCAAUAUCCAGGUGCAGAAAUUGCUGAAUGCAUUUUUUGAUCCGAAAUGCCCUGGGGAUGUGGAUCUCCAGAGUGGGGAUUGGGACAUCAAGACCAUUACCAGCUCACUGAAGUUCUAUCUCAGGAACCUCUCUGAACCCGUCAUGACGUACAAGCUCCACAAAGAGUUGGUCCUGGCUGCCAAAUCCGAGAACCUGGACUACAGGCUGGGAGCCAUCCAUGCACUGGUCUAUAAACUGCCUGACAAGAACAGGGAGAUGUUGGAGCUCCUCAUCCAGCACCUCGUGAAUGUCUGUGAGCACAGCCGGGAGAACCUGAUGUCCCCGUCCAACAUGGGGGUGAUCUUCGGGCCCACCCUCAUGCGGGCGCAGGAGGACACCGUGGCGGCAAUGAUGAACAUCAAGUUCCAGAACAUCGUGGUGGAGAUCCUGAUCGAGCACUUUGGGAAGAUCUACUCUGGCCCCCCCGAGGACACCAGUGCCCCCCCGGUGCCCCCGCCCAGGGUGGCUGCUCGGCGCCACAAACCCAUCACCAUCUCCAAACGGCCCCUGAGGGAAAGGCCUGUCUUCUUUGGUGCUUCUGUGGAGGAGAACGCAG